GUGCAUCCCAUUAUGGCUCGUGAGAUUCUCAAAGCGGCGAAGUCCGCAUCGAAUGUCAUCGCUGUGCACAAGAAAUACACACUUCAGUCCACUGGCGUUUGGGAGCGUCUUCGCCGCCUUCUUUCGAUUGAUCCCAAUCGCUCAACAGGUGUUCCAUUGAAUGCCCAAUAUCGUCUACCCACCCCUGGAGCUCUUCCUCCUCUUUCCUACGAUGACCCAGUUACCAUUCCGGCUGGUGAUAUUGCGGACAACCCCUAUUGGAAGCGGGAUGUUCGGAGGAGCUACCCUAAGCUUAGCACCGUGAGCCAAGCAGAUGCUGUCGGUCUUCUCACCGUAGGCAGCCAGGCAGCACCAAAGGAUGAUAUCCUACAGAUUGGUGAAGCAGGAGAGAAGCAACUUAUUUCUGUCAAGCAGCAGGGCGAAGAACGCGGUCUGGCCGGCCUUUUUGAGACAAACAAGAAGGGCAUUCAGGGUGUCUUGAAGGCCAAUGGUUUGCCGCCGAAGCCUUGCAAUCUGAACCCGUCAGGCUCCAAGUAUCAGCUUGAUCAUGACCAUGGUUACCCCAACGUAUAUCCCUGUCGCACAUUUAUAUGAUGAAGCCACCCAAGUUAGAGAUUGAAUAUAUUGCAUUCUUUUUGCCUUCCACACUCCCUACUCUCUUAUUACUGUUCAGUUUUUUUUGCUUUCCA